AUGGUUGGACCGUGGCUGCUGGCCGCGCUCCUGUGCGGGUCCGUGCGGGCGCAGCAGCCGCUGCUCCCCGGGAGCUGCAGCUUCGAGCUGGACCCCUGCGGGUACAGGCCGGACCCGGACCCGGACCGGGACCACGGCAGCUGGAGGAUGAACGAGGAAGGACAUUUGAUCGCAGUGGACUCGGCCUUCCUAGAUGAGGAGGAGCAGGCGGUCCUCCUCAGUCCGGUUCUGGACCACCAGGACUGGAGCUGCGUGAGGCUGGUGUACCAGAUCACCGGACGGGCUUCGCUGGGGCUCCACCUCCGACCGGACGGCGACAACUUUGACUACCAGCUGUGGACGGCCAACGCCACCUCUGACAGCUGGCUCAUUGCCAGUGUGGACCUGCCGAACACCACCACGGCCUACCAGAUUUUACUGGAGGGUCGACCGGCGCGUGGCUCAGGGAACAGCGUGGCCAUCUUUGAAAUCCACAUCGUCCCAGGAUACUGCAUUGAGUGUAACUUUGAGGAGCACCACCUGUGUGGCUACAGCAACAGCUGGAACCCCAACGUGAACUGGUAUGUUGGGGGGAGUGUGAUGAGAGAGGAUGACCAGCUGGGGAACAACACAAGCAACGAGCAGAGAGGCCACUACAUGUAUGUGGACUCUGUGUACGCCAAACAUUUCCAGGAGGUGGCCAAGCUGAGCUCCCCGAUGACCACCGUGGCCAUGGAGGGCUGCCUCAGCUUCUACUACCAGCGAGACCAGGAGCGGGGCAACAUCUUCACAGUGUUCACCAGGGACCAGCUGGGGCACUACGAGGAGCUGUGGAGGCCAGCGGUCUACGCUACAGCCGGGUGGACUCUGGUCAGCGUGGAUAUCAAGGCCCCGCAUCCUCUGGAGGUGGUGUGGGAGGUGGCCUUUAACAGCCCCAGAGGGGGGUACGUGGCCGUAGACGACAUCUCCUUCUCGCCUGAGUUCUGUCACACUGACACAGAACCGACCUUUGACCCCAGCAUUGCCAGCUGUGACUUUGAGAAGGGCCUGUGUCUGUACCAGCAGGAGAGGGCCGACAGCAGGGCCUGGAGCCCGGUCUCUGUCCAGCCCAACAUGUACAGAACCGGAGACCACACCACGGGAACCGGCUGGUACCUCCUUGCGAACAGCCGUUCCUCUGCCAGGCCCAGCUACGUGGGCCGGCUUCAUGGCCCCCUCCUGCCCGGAAACCACAGAUACUGCCUGAGGUUCUACUACCUGCUGUACGGUUUUGGAAAAGUGGACGGCGGCCUGGUGGUGUACGUCUACGACGAGAACAACGUGGCUCAGGAGAGAGUGUGGAGCCUGAGCGACAGGUCCCGGGCCGUGUGGACCCAGGUGGAGGUGUCCUACGUGAAGCCCAUGGUCUCCAAGGUGGUGUUCGUCACCAUAUGCAGAGACUUCUGGGAAUGCGGCCUCAUCGCCAUCGACGACGUGUCGGUGAGCCUGGGAGACUGCCAGAUGUCCGCAGCCUCCCUCCCAGGACAGUGUGACUUUGAAAGUGGACUCUGCGGUUACAUCCAGGACCAGAAGGGAGACAAGGCCGACUGGCUCCGGGUCAGAGGUCACACGCCAACGUCCUACACGGGACCGCGGGGAGACCACACCACUGGGGUGGGUCACUUCAUGUACAUCGAAGCGUCCCUCAUGCGUCCAGGUCACAAAGCUCGCCUGCUGACGUCUCCCCUGCGGGGGUCCUCGUCCCCCCAGUGUCUGGUCUUCUACUACCACAUGUACGGGUCGGGCACGGGCAUCCUGAGCGUGCUCCUGCAACACGGCGGGAAAGAGCGGGACGAGCUGCUGUGGCGGCGGCGGGGCGAGCAGAGUUUCAGCUGGACCCGGGCCAUGGUGGACUACCGCUGUGAAGUCAGACAUCAGGUCAUCUUUGAAGCCAUCCGGGGCCCGUCACUACGGAGUGAUAUUGCUAUUGAUGACGUUCAUUUUAAAAGGGGACCCUGUGAAGACCCUGAUGAUACAGCGCCAUACUCUGGAUUCUCCGAGUAUUUCAAUGAGAUUGACAUCUGA